CUUGGAUUGGAGAGGUGGUGGUGUUUGGAGAAGGACGAAGCCACGCGCUCAAUGCACCAUCCCUUCCCUCGCCCUUCUCUAAGAACUAUUCUCCUAUCUCACAUCUCCAAAGCUUCUACAGAAGAUAGCAGAACAGGUGUUCUUACUAUGCUGCAUCGUCUACGACAGCAGUUCGAGGGAGAGUGGUGCUGAGAUAUCAUCUCUGUGGAAAUGUCUUCUUCUCCGCCGCCGGGUAGUUCCUCAUCGUCCUCCAGCCAUUCAUCUUCCACGUCAUCGUCUCCACCACCGAGACGGCCACCAGCUGCUUCCCCACAUCCAACCAACACCACAGAUUCUUGGCCACCGCCACCACCGUGGGAUUCAACUCCUCCUCCGGCCUCGAAAAUCUUCACGUUAAUACAUUUGUCAGAUGACGACUCCUCUUCACAUCACUCAUCAUCUAAUUCGGAUGGUUCCGACAAAUCAUCGCCGCCACCACCGCCGCCGCCGCCUCCGCCUCCUCCUCCUCCUCCUCCUCCUCCUCCUCCACCUCCACCACCACCACCUUCUUCCCCUAACCAAUUGUCGCCUUCCGAGAAAUCAACACAUUCUGACGUGAACGUGCCUCUGAUCGUAGGCGUCGUGGCAGGAGUUGGGCUGUUCUUCGUGCUCAUGAUCAUCGUAUGCAUUCGCAGCUCCAAGAAGAAGAACAAGCGUCACAAUCCAAUGCAGUACUACGCAGAUGCCUCGGCACACAAUGACACUGGGCUUUACGGUAGUGGACAGCCCUCGAAUUGGGAUCACAGGCAGCAGAGUGCCAACCAUGUUGUUAAGGUGACACCACCUUCGGGAUCCUCGCAUGCAGGAAGGUGGCAGCCUCAGCAACAUUCGACCAUGAUGAGCGGCAGCGAGGUGAGCUCGGCCUACUCGGGGCCGCACAUGCCGCCCCUGCCGCCACCCUCCCCCAUCGUUGCCCUUGGAUUCAACCAAAGCACCUUCAGCUACGAGGAGCUUGCAGCUGCAACUGAUGGCUUCUCGGAUGCUAAUCUGCUAGGACAGGGAGGAUUUGGGUACGUGCACAAGGGGGUUCUCCCAAACGGGAAGGAGAUCGCGGUGAAACAGCUCAAGUCGGGGAGUGGGCAAGGGGAGAGGGAAUUCCAGGCUGAGGUCGACAUCAUCAGCCACAUCCACCACCGCCACCUGGUGUCCCUCGUCGGGUACUGCAUUGCCGGUGCGCAGAGGAUGUUGGUGUACGAGUUCGUCCCCAACAACAGUCUCGAACACCACCUCCAUGGCAAAGGGCUCCCGGUAAUGGACUGGUCGAUGAGGCUAAAAAUUGCACUGGGAUCAGCCAAAGGCAUUGCCUACUUGCAUGAGGACUGCAACCCUCGGAUCAUUCACCGCGAUAUCAAGUCUGCCAACAUUCUUCUGGACUUAAACUUCGAGGCUAUGGUUGCGGAUUUUGGGUUGGCGAAGCUGUCGUCGGACAAUUACACUCAUGUCUCCACCCGUGUCAUGGGAACCUUCGGGUAUUUGGCUCCGGAGUACGCAUCCAGCGGGAAGCUCACAGAGAAAUCCGACGUCUUCUCAUAUGGAGUGAUGCUUCUGGAGCUGAUAACCGGACGACGACCGUCCGAUACCACGCAUGCACUCUCAGAGGAUUGCUUGGUGGACUGGGCGAGGCAUGCUCUCUCUCGCGCCUUGGCUGACGGAGACUACGACGAGUUAGCCGACCCGCGCUUGGAUGGCAACUACGACCCGGCGGAGAUGGCGCGCAUGGUGGCGGCCGCUGCUGCCAGCAUUCGCCAUUCCGCAAGGAGACGACCCAAGAUGAGCCAGAUCGUGAGAGCAUUAGAAGGCGACGUCUCGCUCGAGGACUUGAAUGAGGGCAUGACGCCAGGGCAUAGCAUGCUCUUCAGCUCAGGCUCAGAGUACGACUCAAGCUCGUACACCCCGAACACCAAACGCGUGAGGAAGGUCGUGAUCGCCAGCCCCGAAUACAGCGGACAGAUCACGGGGCACGAGCGCGGCCAUUCUGCAUCCAGCAGCGAAGGAGGUCGCUCCGGUGAGCUGAGAUCUCAUCCCCCGCCCUGACGAGGCACUUAUGCGUCGAACGCAUUCCAAUGGAGGACGAUGCUUUGCCAAGCCCGCAGUUUGAGACGGGCAGGGUGUUCGUCGGGGCUUUGUUGCUUCUGAUAAGCGAGGGUCUUUUCUUGUUUAUGUAGAGAACGUGUUUAGAGAAGAAG